GCCUUCUUUAACCUCGCUAGGGUUUUUCCAUUCCUCUGGUGUCCAACUCUCCGAGCUCCACAAAUGGCGGCAGCGGGCGGUGGCGGAAGCCAAGCAGCGGUCUCCUUCCUCACGAACGUGGCGCGCAUCGCCUUCGGCCUCGGCGCCGGCGCUACUCUCCUCAACUCCUCCCUCUACACCGUCGACGGCGGGCAGCGUGCCGUCCUCUUCGAUCGAUUCCGCGGCGUACUCGACCAAACCGUCGGCGAGGGUACCCAUUUCUUGAUCCCAUGGCUCCAGAAACCCUACAUCUUCGACAUCCGCACUCGGCCUCACACCUUCACUUCCAACUCCGGGACGAAGGAUCUCCAGAUGGUGAACCUCACACUCCGGCUCUUGUCACGCCCUGACGUCCCUUACCUUCCGACGAUCUUCAAGUCUCUGGGGACGGAGUACGACGAGAAGGUCCUUCCCUCCAUCGGCAAUGAGGUCCUCAAGGCCGUUGUCGCACAGUUCAAUGCUGAUCAACUCCUCACGGAGCGUCCACACGUCUCCGCUCUCGUUCGCGACGCGCUCAUCCGCCGUGCUCGCGACUUUAACAUCGUGCUGGACGAUGUAGCCAUCACCCAUCUCUCCUACGGCGCUGAGUUCUCCUCCGCCGUUGAGAAGAAGCAGGUAGCUCAGCAGGAGGCGGAGCGGUCCAAGUUCCUUGUGGCCAAGGCCGAGCAGGAGCGCAGGGCUGCGGUUAUCCGCGCGGAGGGUGAGAGCGAGGCUGCCAAGCUCAUCUCUGAAGCAACGGCGGCCACUGGAAUGGGUUUACUGGAGCUUCGGCGCAUUGAGGCUGCGAGGGAGAUCGCUGGAACACUGGCUAAGUCCCCCAAUGUUGCUUACCUUCCUGGAGGGAACCAGAUGCUUCUUGGUCUCAAUCCUAAUUCCUUGGGGAGGUGAUUUCUCUCUUGGUUCAAGCUUCCUUUCAUGAAAAUUUUCAAUUGUCAUACUUUGUUUUCUUGAACUUGCUUUAGCUUUGUUGCUGCUCUUUUGAUGUUGAGUUUUAGAAUGCUUGGAACUUGAAUGUUAUGCUGAAUUUUCAUCUACCACAGGGCAUAAGAAGUGUGCUAAUAAUUUGUUCU